AUGUCGACCAGCGUUGCGACCUCCUCCUCCACGGCGAGCUCCUCCAGCGCCUCCCUCGGCUCCGGCGAUUCUGCACUGCCCCUCUUCGUCCAUCCGGCGGCUGCCGUCUGCGUGAAGACCCAUGUUCCCUUCACGUUGGAGAUGAACUCCAACUACAUGAAGUGGGUCUCCUACCUCAAGCUCUUUGGCUCCAUCGGCGACUCCAUCCUCGCCCUCGCCCUCGCCGGUGAUGAUCAUACCACCUGGCAACUUUGGGUCGCCAUCGAGGAGAUCUUCACCGCCAACCAGGAGCCGCGCGCCUUCCUCCUUCCUGAGGAGUUCCACACCCUCCAGCAAGGUGACUCCACCAUCUCGGAGUAUUGUCAGCGCAUCAAGUUGAAGGGUGCUAAAUUCCGCACUGUCGGCAACCCCGUCGAGGGCCGUGCGCUCAUCCUCGCCAUGCUCCGAGGGCUCAACCCUCGCUUCGCCAGCACCGUCGACGACAUCACCAACUCAACCAUUCUUCCGAUGUUCACCCGCGCCCACGACAUGCUCAUCCUCAAGGAGACUAGGCUGUCUCACGAUGAGAAGAGCAUCGCCAACACCGCCCUCCUCGCAUUCGCCGGUUCUGGUUGUACCAGUCCGGGCGGGUGCUGCUCCGGCACCACGGGCGCCCCCUCUGGAGGCUCCAGCAACGGUGUAGCACCUCCUCAGAAGAUCGGCGGCAGCUCCAGCAACAAGAAGAAGGGCGGCGGCCCUCACAGGGGCAACGGCGGCGGCAACGGUGGCGGCGGCCACACCCAGCAGGCGUCCACCAGCGCCGCCCCCCAGCCCUACCACCCCAUGGGCCCCUGGAUUUGCUACAAUCCUUGGGCGCCAUAG